CGUUGGCCUCGGCCAGUGAGAAGUAAGAGAGCAUUUGAACGAGAAAUUGAGAGAUUUCUUAGCCAGUGUGCCUAAGUUUGGAACUUUAUGUGUUUUUAUCCUUCUGCACAGUAGCUGUGAUAUUUGCAGUUCGCAGCUAAUGUUGAGGUGUUGUUUAGAACUACAGCAUCGAAGCGCGAAAUUUCGGACACUGAUCGACUAAUUUGCUCCUUUGAACGGGGGAUAUAAUCUCUUAGGAUGAGUUAUUACGAAGGAAGAAGUUCGAUUUUAGGUGGCUCACCUGAACCAGGUUUGAGCUCUGUUAUCAAGAGGCUAGAAGACCAGCACUUGAACGGAGAUCCCGGAGCUAAAAGUCCAACUGUUCCCACAAAGAUACGAGACAUCGUUACAAAAUCCAUCUCACCAGUUGAUUCCAAGAUGGCGUCUCCGGGUUUCGGAGAGGAGUCACGAAUGCUUCAGUCCGAAGUGAAUCGCUUGGAAGAUUUACUCGCUGCAACGAGAGCGGAACGAGAUGAAAUUGGAUCGAAAUACAUGGCAGUUAGCGAUAAGUUGGAGCAUUACAUGAAGGGGGGAGGCAGCCCUGGAGGUGGUGGAUAUAGCAGUCUCCCAAUUGGCGACCAAUCAGUAACAGACAGCAACCUUGUCCAGCAAGUAGCUUACCUCAAGAGUAAACUUGAAGAGGAACAUUCUAACUACAAGCGCAAACUUCAAGCCUAUCAAGAUGGACAGCAAAGGCAGGCUCAGUUGAUUCAGAAGUUACAGCAGAAAGUGUUGCAGUAUAAACGCAAAUGUGGUGAGCUUGAGACAAGUGUAAACGAGUCUAAAAGCCAAGAAGAAGACAUAAAGAAAAAGCUUCAGUCUGCAACAGAAACAUUGAAGGAACAAGAAGCUAAAUUGAAAGAGACAGAAGAUGAACAUUCUAGUGAUUUGGAGAACUCAUUGAUUCGGCUAGAAGAGGAGCAGCAGAGGAGUGCCAGCUUGCAACAUGUCAACAACAUGCUUCGGGAACAAUUGGAUCAAGCGACUUCAGCCAAUGAACAGCUAACACUUGACGUUCAAAAGCUUACAGCUGAUUGGAACAAAGCACGUGAAGAGCUUGAGGCUCGGGAUGAAGAGGAACAGGCUUACUUUGCUAAUGAGCAUGUGCGUUUGAUGGACAUGUGGAAGACGAUGAACAACUUUAGGCGACAGUUUAAUGAAAUGAAAUCUGCAACACAAAGGGACCUGUCCAGUGUACGUGCAGAAGUCACCAAGUCUGUACGUGUGGUGCAAGGAGCCUGCAUGGACUUAGACAAAAAUCUGCGAGGAAUGGAUGCCAACACCCAGUCUGCUCUGGAGGAAGAGAGAGUAUGGCGUCAGAAGGCCGAGGAGCAACUGCGCGAGAAAGUUCAGGAGUUUAUUGAGCUUCAAAACAAAUAUGACAAUGAAAGAACUGAUCUUAUGGUCAAGGUGAAAGAUUUGACCAAUGCAAAGGAAAAGCUUGAAGGCCAAAUACAAGAUAAGGAAGAGACCAUUCUAACUUUGAAGAAGAAAAUCAAUGGCUUAGAAAAUGGCUUUGCUAGACAGUCGGAAGAAUGGGAGAACCAAAGUGAGGCUAGCCUCGCUGCCAUGCGAGAGGAAGCUGAAAUGUUACAUAGCACUCUCCGUGAAAUCACGCAUGCUGUAAAACAGGACGCUGACAAUACUUCUAAACUCGUAGGCUCGCCUGGACAAGAUAUAAUUGAAGUUGUUGAUGUAGGUUUAUUAGAGGGGGCUGAAGAUGAUUUCAUGAGCAAGAGACCCAUUUCACCGUCACGUGCUGCACGUCUACGCUCUUCGUCACCCACUCGUUCCAGGUCACCCGCCGUGUCAGAUAACGCGCUGGCUCAAGUUCAUUCGGCAAUUCAGAAGAAGAAUAUUCAAGUCAUGGAAAUGAAAAGCAAAGUGGAAGCAGCCCGUGAUUCUGAAAAGAAAACCAAGAAACAACUUGAUGAUACAGAGAAUGAAAGACGAAGGCUGGAGAAAGCUCUGUUAAGUGCACGAGAUGAACUUGAUUCCACUCGCCAAAAAGUCUCUGAAGCAAGUCAGGACCGUGAACGCUUCAAGUCACAUUCUGAUGUUUUAGCCACAGAGAAGCAAAACUUGGAAAAGAUGCGUCAUUCUAUGAACGAGCAACUAGAGAACAUGGCAGCAGAGAUUGAAAAACUUCAAGCAGCGAAUAGUGAGCUUCAAAGACAAAGGGAUAACUUGGAGGACGACAAGGAAGACUUGGACCGAGAGAGGGAACGACUCGGAAAGGAAGUACAGCGCAUGACACAAGUCAUCGAACAACUUGAAACCAAACAAUCGUCGCUGAAAGAAGAUAUCGUUACCCUCAAGGAACAGUUGUCUCGCGCCAUGUUGGAUAAAGAAGUGAUGGAACAAGAGAAGUCCCACGUCGCAGAGACGCUUUCCAAGUCUGAACUUCAAAGAGCUGAGCUGGAGUUGGAGAUCAACAAGAUGAAGUCAGAGGAGAUAGCUCUGCGCGACGCGCUCGUCAAACUACAGUCACUGAAUGAAGGACUCGGACAGGACAAGAUUGAACUGAACAAGAUUAUUAAACAAAUGGAAUCUGAGAAGUCUUCCCUGAGCCAAGACAAGAGAGAUUUGGAACAAGAGAAAAACAGUAUCAGGCAGGAACUGAUCCGUGUUGAACAAGAGAAGGUUGACCUAGACACAGAGAAGUCAUCGCUGGACCAUAACCUCAGCAUCCAUGAAGCCAGCCGAGAAAAACUGGAAUCUGAAUUGAUUCUUGCCAACCGCGAGAAAGCUGAACUUGGUGAAGCUUUAAGCCAGAUUACCAGGGAACGAGACUCCAUAUACGAAGAGUUGAUGACGACUCGACGCGAUGUGGAAAGACAAAGCUCCAAUGUGGUACGUUUGGCGAAAGAGAAGGAGGAGCUGACCCGAGAGAAAUCCAGUCUGGUUGUGCAGGUCAACUCGUCCGAGCGGGAGAAUCGCGGUCUGGCCGAGAAUAUUGCAAGUUUGAAGAGCGAGAAAGAAUCACUGGAAACAGCUUUGUACGACCUUCAACAAACAGCUACCAAACUGGAAGCGCGUAAAGAAGCUUUGGAGGCAGAGAAUCAAGAGUUGCUGUUAUCAAAAGAAGCUCUGACGGUCGAUCUACAGCGCGUGCGUAAAGAAAAGGAGAUCGAAGAGGCGAAAUUGUUGAAAGAUAAGGAGUUGGUGGAGCAGAGACUGGGUCAGACUCAGCGUGAUGGAGAGGUGGCGCUGAAGAGGAUGGAACAGAAGCACGAGGAGGAGGUGGAGAAACUCAAGCGAGAAAAGGAAAGUACUUUGAUUCAAGCCAAUCAGGAGAAGGAGGAAGCGAUCUCACAGCUCAAGGGUGAGAAGGAAGAGCUUGGACAAAGACUCGAACGGGAGAAGGCGAUACUCGUGAAUGAGGUGGCCAUAGUCCAAAAGGAACGCGACGAUCAACUGCUUAUGGCUGAGAAUGAAAAACAGGAAGCGUUGCACGCAGCACAUAAUGAGAAAGGAACCAUGUUGGAAAGACUCAACAAAACACAGAACGACUUAGAAAAUGCGAACGUGGAAAUUGACAGAGUCAAGCGUGAGGCGUUCAGUCGUGCAGAGCAGGACAAGGGCACCCUAGCACAGACACAGAAUGAGUUGAGGAAUACAAGAAGCAAACUUGAAGACGUCAACAAUCGCUAUCAAGCAGAAACUGCGGAACUGAAGAAUCAAAUCAAAGACUUGGCCCGAGUCAAGGAGAACACCAUGCGAGAAGUUAGCGAACUUAAACUUCAACUCAAGAUGGUCGAAGAGGCUCGAGACGGCGUCCGUCGGGAACUCAUCGACGCUCAUCGGAAAAUCCGAGAGGGCGAGGAGGCUCGUGAAGUUGCUCGAAAGGAGAAUACAGACUUAAAGAGACAGCUUAAGGAUGAAGAGCGCGAAAAACAAGCAGUGCAAGAAACAGCUAACGAACUGAGAGGAAAGGUAAAGAAAUGCGAAGCGGAAAAGACGAAUCUGAGGAGGACUCUCGACGAAGCGGGACAAAAGAUUGCGUCUCUUGAGGAAACAAAAGCUGCUCUGCAGAAAGAAGCUGGAGAACUGAGGGCAAGUUUGAGAGAAGUGGAGAAGGCACGGCUCGAGGCCAGACGGGAAUUACAACAACUUCACAACCAGGUCAAGAUGCUGGACGGUGAAUGUCUCAAGAGCAAGAAAGAAAUCUCUGAUCUCAAAGAUCAACUCGCCAAGGACGAGCAUUUGAUAGACGAGCUGCGACAAGAUAACUUCAACAUGAAACAGAAACUUGUCGAAUCUGACGGCCAGAAGGAAGGUGCCAAACGGGAAAUCCAAAACUUGACCCGGAAAAUCACCGAGAUGGAGGAAGACAACCGCGUCAGAGAAAAAGACUACAGCGCUGCGGUGGACGAGGCUCGUCGUGCCGAACAGAAGGCAAAUGACAAGGUCAAGAAUCUGGAAAAUGUGUUGGAAAAUGCCAGCCAAGACAAGGGUGACCUGAAACUGAAGCUGUCCGGAUCAGAAGGACGUAUCACUGGUCUGGAGGCGCAACUGGCGCGCAUGGAGUCAUCAAAGAACGAUCUGGAGUUCAAACUAGCCAGUCUGCAUUCAACUCUGAGAAGAACCCUUGGAAUUAAACCGCCUGGGGAAAUGAGUGGAAGGACUCCCUCUCCGACUCGCGCCCGAAGCCCGAGUCCCCGUCGUAAGAUGUUCGGUAGAAGUCGUUCGCGUUCACCGGAGAAAGCUUUGGAGGAGACCGUAGAUUCUGGUACAAUGUCUCCAGGAAAGAAAUUGUCUCCCGGUAAAUCAAUGGAACUAUCUGGCGAAAUUGAUCCCGAGACUGUCCGAUCUGCCUUGCGAGACUUUGCCCAGAGCAUGAAAGAAGCUGAACGAGAGAGAGACGAAUCCAUGACAAAGGCCAAUAACUUACAAAGGGCUCUUGCUGAGAUGGAAGAGGAGAAGGCGCACACUGACCAGCGGCUACAGGCGCUGCAGAAGUCACUGGGAGAAGCAGAAGAGGGUCGCCGUGGUGCAGAUGGUCGUCUGAGUAGCGCCCAGACUGCGCUCAUGCUUCAAGAAGAAACAAUUAGGCGCCUGGAACGAGAGCGCAAAGGGCUGAACGAAAAAAUAUCAGUACUUGACUCCAGUCUCGCGCAGGCCGAAGGAGAGCGCCGACAGUUACGAGACAAGGUUGCUCAGCUUCAGCAAAGUGAAUCCAAGAGCGAUCAGGAGAAGGAAGCUAUGCGUGCGCAGAUCGAGAACGCCGAAUCGAGGCUGACUAAAGUUGAACUAAGGAAGAGAUCCCUGGAAGGUGACAUUGAAAGACUUAGGAUGCAGUCGACUGAAGGUGAAGCUGAGAAGCAAGCCCUCCGAGAGCGUAUCGAUCAGUUGUUGAGGUCGCAGCAAGAACUCGAGUCACGUGCCACUUCACUUCAACUCACUGUGGACAGGCUCACUCUUGCCUUGGCAAAGACAGAAGAGGAAGAACAGGCCUUCAAGGAAAAGGUGACCGAGCUGUCACUUAGUCUGAAUGACAGCAACGCCACUUCCCAGUCCCUUCAAGAGAGGCUGCAGCAGAUGCAGCGCGCUCUUACCAACAGUGAGCAUGACCGCAAAAUCAUGGCAGAGAGACUGGAGGCUCUGAAGGCAGCUCAGCAGGACGCCAAGAACCGAAACAAUGUACAGCAAGACCGUAUGCAACAGAUGAAGAACGAGCAAGCCGAUGCUGAGGUUCGACGCAUGGAGUUGGAGGGUCAAAUCAGACAAUUGCAACAAAUGUUACAACAACAGAAAGAAGCCGAAGAAGAACUUGUGGCGAGAAUUGGUAAACUACAGGAAGAGAAGCGUGAACUACAAGAUCGCUUGGCGAACUUCCAACGAGGGUUGGCCGGUGCUGAGCAAGAGAAGAGAGAACUGGAGCGAGCGCAUGUCCGUUUUGAGAAGGACAAGAAAGCUCUGAGGAACACUCUUGAUAAGAUCGAACGUGAGAAACUUGAAGCAGAAGAAGUAAGCACAAGAUUGCGCGACGAGCGUGACAAGUUGGACCGGUCAAGCAGCUCAUACGAACAGGAUAACCAAGAAAUGCAGAGGACGAUUCAAGCUCUGCAACAACAGAUAGCUGAUACCGAGCACGCGCAUGCGCAAAAGCUGGUUGAGUUAACAAGUAGACAUCGGCAGGAGGUAGAGUUAGAAAGCGAGAGGGCCAAACAAUCUCAAGGCCAGUUGGAGAAGACCCAGAUGGCCAGAGAGCGUGCGCACAAACAACGUGUCAAGGGACUGGAGGAACAAGUUUCUACUUUGAAAGACCAGCUGGCUAAGGAAUUACAAAAGAAGCAGUCCUAUAUCACGCGCACUGCUCAGAAAUCCGAUGAAAUCCGCGACCUUCGAGGAAAACUUGAAGAUUCGCUACACACUGUGGCACGUGACACUGUAUACGAGCCCUCGAUCCUCGAGCGCGAGUCACAAAAGCUCGAAGACUCCGUGGAUGCGAGCUUUUCCUCUUCGCCCAUACGCCGAACCAAGUCGGCCUCGCCUCCGGUACGAUUCCCGAGCGACAAGCCCACAACUAGCACUCCGGCAUAUUCGUCGCCAUCCCGCCGAACAACUCCGAUUGCAUCAUCGCUGUCUCGCCGAACAACUCCAGGGUUAAGCCCUUUGCGCAAGACUAGAAAGUCCACAACAUGAACAUUUUAUUUGUAAUUUCUUUCGCUUGUGUAUCGUUUUAUUGGGUUUUAGGGUUCUUAAUUUUUUUUUUUUUUAAGCGUUUUACCUGAAGCUUACACUGCUUUUAUCAUUGUUUUUUUCAUCUUUUCCGUCUUUUAUUUAUAUUUGUUUUAAAAGAUUUGCAUAUUGACGCAAAAUGCGUUGGUUAGACUUUUAUUCCCUUAACAUUUUAUCCUUUUGACUGUGUCUUUUAAACUAGAUGAUGAUUCGCAUAGUAAACAAUUUUAAAUUGGCACUAAGUAGGUGAAUAUCUAAUAUGUUUUCGUGCAUUUUCAUGCUGCGUAUGGUCUUUGAUUCCAAUGAACCCCUAUCCCUUCCACGUCCUGCAAUUUUUUCUCACGAUAUCAUUACAUCAUCGAGCGAUAGGUCACGCGAUUAAGAAAAAAUAUGAAAUAGAAGAUCCUAGCUGACUCAACAUCAAAUUAUCGUAGCUAAUAUUAUAAGGAAUGAGUGGCACGCGGAGUGUGUGAUCGUGCGUUGCGUGACAAGACUAACUAUAGUGUAGCAGGAAGAAAAUUGAUUUUAAUGAAAUACAAUUAUAACUGUUUUUCAACUAUUUUCCUUUUCAAAAUAGUUUUUUUUUUUUCGGUUUUGAACGUGCUUAUUUAUUUUUUACCUUGCUUACACAAGGCUUAGCACGUGUAACUUAUUUGAUGUAAGUAUCCCGAGUGAUUAUCCCGAGUGAUUAUCAACAGUGAUGUGACAAUAAUAAAAAAAAUGUGAUUAAAAUUUU